CAAUGCGAUAUCCUUGUGCGCUGUCAUUGCCCUGCCUUUGAGUAUCCUUCGGAUGCAGCAGCCCCGCCAACUCCUCAUCUCAUCCCACUCAUCAUCUGUUUGUGUCGCGUGCCGUCUGCCGGCGUUUAAAUUUUAAUGCCACUGCCCAGCUGUUGUUGGUGCCUCCAAUUUCUGACUAAUCCGCUUGGCAGUUGCCUUCUGGCUACUCAGAUUUGCUUUUGGCCGCCGUUCCUAACUGGCUUUUUGGCCCGAAAGGCAAUUAAAUUCGGCCACCGCGGAGGAGACAAAGGACAACGCGUGUGCAUCCAAUCUGCGAGGCCCAAAGCCAUUCAAUAUGCAUGUGUUAGACCCGGAAUCGAGAUUCAAGAACUCAACGCAUUUCUCCAUAUUCUCCAUAUUCAAAUGUAACGGUCGCUUGGGCAGCAAAAAGUAGGGGAGUGGCUGUUUUUAGGGAAGGUUUUCGAACUGCAGAAGCCACCGAGUCGAACAAGUAUAAAUUUAAAUGGGGAAGAUACGACAAUAAAAUACCCAGCUUGUCAAUUAAUGUAAUAUUGUGUGUGAGGCACUUAAUUAAAAUAAAUAUAGGUCAUGAAGUCAAAUGACAUGUGUUUAUUUUCAGAGAAACAAGAGAGCAAUGUGGUAAAACAAUAUGUGUGAACAAACUCUUGUAGAUUUAUGAAAAACAUGAUAAAGUUCUUUCUACAAAAUUAUAAUUUGACGGAGUCAAAGAAACAAACAAAAUCUGAAAUUGUUCACUGAAUGAAUGUUGUCAGAAUUGCAUAUAAAUGGAAAAACUAGAUAUGCUCUCGACUUUGAAAGCUCUAGUUUAUGACUUUAUUAAUGGCAGAAAUAUGUGCAUAUUAAACUAAACUGUUCUCUAAAACUAUGCAUUUCAAGCUUAUUGAAUUAUUUUAUGGUGACGACUAUUUGAUACAAAAAUGUUAAAACAAAAACUUGAUAUCCAAACAACUAAUAUUGGGGGGCUGUGAUAGAGCGGCCAAUAAUAUUAUGAACUAAUUAUGCAUAAUAUGAAGCAACUAGUUCUAAUGAUACAAUUCUAAGAGACAUUCAUUUCAGGUAAAUUAUGUCAUUUUUCUGGCGUCAAAAUGUGCUGAUAUGAUCCAGUCUGCACUGGUUAUACAUAAUAUUAUGUGGACUUAAAUAUCACUAAACAACCUAGCCUACCCUAACUUCCCUUUCCUUUAUUUAAGUGGUAUCGAAACAGAAUUAAAGCCACGAGGGAGCGUUAUGAGUUGGUAAAUAAGAAUUAAAAACGCUGAUAAAGCGCACCGAAUGAAACGCCGGCUGCUCCUGCAAUUCGCUAGGGGUUUUUAGGUUUUAGUUUUGUUCCGAGUUGAAAUGUCUCAGUUGGAAAUGCGUUUCAACCCUCAAUGCUGAGCAGGAGCAGAUGUUUCUGGGUUUUCUCUGUUUUCUGUUUCUGUUUUUCUGGCUUAAUGGAACGCGCCAAACAGAGUCGGUCAUUGUACGGGUGUCUUAUGUAAAAGUAAAUGGUGUUUUAUGGGGUUGGGGUAUCGCAGCACGAUCCACUCGACUGCGCGCCGGCGCAGGAAGUGGAGGAAGUUGAGGAGCUGCCGGCUGGAACGACUCUCCAGAUCAGUUGAGUCGCAGUUGCCGAAGCGAACGGAUCGCAGAUCUUGAACACGCAGUGUGAAAAGUGUCUAGAAAACCCAAAGAAACGCAACCCCUUAAAGGUUGUGGAAUAACCACCAGUACAGUGCCAACAUGUCGCAGCAUAAUUAUACGAACCCGGCGUUUUGCCAAAAUAGCGAGUUUUAUCCGGUCCCCAGCAGCAACUCCUCGCGAGUGGAGUCCAUUUACAAUAGGAGUCUCCAGAUGAACUUUGGGGCAGCUCCUCCGCGCUCUGGACAUGCCACGCCCACACGAGAUUCCCGCGAGGGUCCACUGCGAAUGCAACGUAGCAUGUCCACGCGAUCGGUGACGCGGAAACAAUAUCAGCAGCAGCAACAGCAGCAACACCAGCAACAGCAACACCUGGCACAUCAGCAACAUCAGGCCAAACAGCAGCAGUAUCAGCCAAAUCAACAGGCAAACUCAAGUGGCCGCUAUGCCCUGGUUCCCUUGGAGGAACUGAACAGCAGUAGGGCCAGCAGAUAUGCCAUAGUUCCUGGCCAGGCUGCCCAACGAUUGGCCAGAUCGCAGGAUGACCUGGAUCGCUAUAGUUCCCGGCAUGGCUUGCAUGAGGCAGAGGAGCCGCACUCCUUUCACGAAGAGCCGCAUCAGGAAACCCAGUUUGCCAGCUUGCCGCCCAUUCUAAAUCUACCACCCAAGCCCAGGAGCAACAAUAAUAACAACCCAAAUCCCAAUCAAAGCCAAAUAAAGCAUGCCUUUAGCAGUGACUUUGGCAGCAAGACCUUUUUGAUAGUGGAUAAGAAUAGCAACCAGCGGUACCAGAUGGUUCCCACCGCCGAGGAUGAGGAAUUGGUGGACGAGAACCAGGAGAUCAUACAGAUGCACAAUGGCAGGGCCCAUCGAUAUGCGGUGGUGCCCACAGAUGCAGAUGAGGAUGAUCUGGCCGAGGAGCAGGAGCAGCAGGAAACCUGCCUCAGUAACAUGGAGUUGAGCCAGCAAUAUGCGGCCAGGACUUCAACGCCGCAGCAAAGGAAUGCAGCUGCUGCCACAAGGGCGCUGCAUGAGCUGCUGACCACGCCCCGGAAAAUGCAACCGCCUCCGAGAUUGGCCCACUCCACGCCCCGAAAUGCCGCCCAUCAUGAGCAGUUGCAGAUGGAGAGGAGAUUGGAGAUCUACAAAAGCCAGCAGAUUUACCAAAGUCAGCAGGUUGGUGGAGCUAUUGGGGCUCCACCGGCUUUACCCCUCCGACAGAACCGACUUUCCCCCCAGAGACUCCACUACGAAACCGUGAAACCGCUUCCCAUGCAGAUUGCCGACCGAUCCAUGGCAGUGAUCAGUCCCAGGGUUCAGGAACAGGAACAGGAGCAGGAACGGGACCAGGACAAGAGCAGCAUCCAGGGAAAGGGAAAGAACAACAACUCGUAUCCGCAGAAGAUGGCCAAUGCCACCAUUACUUUGGCCAUCGUCUCCUUGAUGCUCGUCCUGGGCAGCACCACGAAUGCGGGACUCAUCAUCUACAUGAUUGCCCACCUUGGUAAAUCGUUUUAUCUGCAGUUCGGCCUGCUGGCAUCUUUUUGCGGAAUGGGACUUGGAUUCCUGGGGUUCAAAUCGCGACAGUGUGAUUGGCUGCCGAAUCGGAGUUAUAGUUCCGGAUAUAUCCUGGUGACCGUGUUCUGCCUCUUCAAGUCCUGCGGUCUGCUAUUGAUUCUGGUGAAGGAUCCCUUCCCCGGUUUUCCUGUCCACGAUGUGACCACCGGAGUUAUCCUUGGACUCUCCACCUUCACCAUGUUUUUCAUUGGACUGGGAGUGCUGGGAACUCUGUGGUGCCACCGACCUCCGCCGGAUAACCGCGUCAAUGUGGUGUAAUCCAAAGAAAUUAGUUAACAUUUGCUCUUAGUCUCUAAAUAGUUGUACACCAUCCACUUCGACAUCAAGAACUUGACACACCGAACGGCUAAAAGACCAAAAACAAAGUAUUAGAUUUAUAACCAGAGGAAAAUCAUCAUCCCCCCAAACGACUGUAUAUAAUAAGUGGGUUGUACUUAUUGCUAGAUAAUAGUUUGUUUAACUUAUUGUUCACCCUUAGAAUAAGUGUGUUUCGGUGUAAGAAUUUAAUAAAGGCACUUAAAUACCAACUUAAAAA